UACAACAUGAAGUACCUGUUCGUUUUCGUUAUUUUCGUUGUGUUUGUGUCCUAUUGUAUGGCCGCCAUUUCAGAGCCCGUCGCAGCCUCGCUAUACGACGAAGAGGACGCCGCUGUCGCUGAAAAGAAGACAGAGAAGCGGGGCAUCUACGGCUUCGGCUAUGGUCACGGCUACGGUGGAUAUGGUUAUGGCGGUUAUGGCCACGCACAUUAUGGUAGCUAUGGCUACGGAAGCCCAUUCUACAGUGGAUAUUCUAUUCAUGCACCCUACGGCCACCACCACGGCUACUAUCCGUACCAUCAUCAUGGCCUCUAUAACUAUUACUAAACCCGCCAGAUGCAGUGUUUCACAUAUCUCGCAAUAUAGUACAUGACUUUUUUUUCGUCGUCCAAUAAAUA